AAAGUCCAGGAAGCGUCGAUGUAAAUAACGUUUUUCUCUGCGACAUCUCCUGCAGCGUGUCUGGUCCCUUUCAGCACUUAACUGUCAACAUGGCUGAAAACAGAGAUAAAACUACCGACCAAAUGAAGAUAUGGAAGGAGAGUAGAGGCUCUCAGAAACCAGAUGUAUUGACUACAGGAGCUGGCCAUCCCAUUGGAGACAAGGUGAACCUGCAAACUGCAGGACCAAGAGGCCCACUGCUAGUCCAAGAUGUGGUCUUUACAGAUGAGAUGGCCCACUUUGACCGGGAGAGAAUCCCAGAGAGAGUGGUGCAUGCAAAAGGGGCAGGGGCGUUUGGUUACUUUGGGGUCACUCAUGAUAUCAGUCGCUACUGCAAGGCCAAAGUCUUUGAACAUGUUGGCAAGACAACACCCAUCGCUGUCCGUUUCUCCACUGUGGCUGGGGAGUCUGGGUCGGCAGACACGGUCCGAGAUCCAAGAGGCUUUGCCGUCAAGUUUUACACUGAGGAGGGCAACUGGGACCUGACAGGCAACAACACCCCCAUUUUCUUCAUCAGGGAUGCUCUGCUGUUUCCAUCCUUCAUCCAUUCCCAAAAACGCAAUCCUCAAACACAUAUGAAAGACCCUGACAUGGUGUGGGACUUCUGGAGUCUGAGGCCUGAAAGUCUGCAUCAGGUGUCUUUCCUUUUCAGCGAUCGAGGUCUGCCUGAUGGCUUUCGUCACAUGAAUGGCUACGGCUCUCACACUUUCAAACUGGUCAACGCUGAUGGUGAACGUGUCUACUGCAAGUUCCACUACAAGACUGAUCAAGGAAUAAAGAACCUGCCAGUGGAGGAGGCAGAACAUCUGGCAUCCACCAACCCAGAUUAUGCCAUUGGAGACCUUUUCAAUGCAAUUUCCAAUGGCAACUACCCAUCCUGGACUUUUUAUAUCCAGGUCAUGACCUUUGAGCAGGCAGAGAAGUUCCAGUUCAACCCCUUUGAUCUUACUAAGGUGUGGUCACAUAAGGAAUACCCCUUGAUCCCUGUGGGCAAAAUGGUCUUCAACAGGAACCCGGUCAAUUACUUUGCAGAGGUGGAGCAGCUGGCCUUUGACCCCAGCAACAUGCCACCAGGCAUUGAGCCCAGCCCCGACAAGAUGCUGCAGGGUCGGCUCUUUUCCUACCCCGACACACAUCGACACCGACUGGGAGCCAACUACCUGCAGCUCCCUGUCAACUGUCCCUUCAGGGCUCGUGUGGCCAACUACCAGCGAGAUGGUCCAAUGUGCAUGUUUGACAACCAAGGUGGCGCUCCAAACUACUAUCCGAACAGCUUUAGCGCACCGGAGACCCAGCCUCGGUUUGUUGAGUCCAAGUUCAAAGUGUCUCCAGACGUGGCGCGUUACAACAGUGAAGAUGAAGACAAUGUCACACAGGUUCGUGCCUUCUACACUCAAGUGCUGAAUGAAGAGGAGCGCCAGAGACUCUGCCAGAACAUGGCCGGUGCCCUCAAAGGAGCCCAGCUCUUUAUCCAGAAGCGCAUGGUGGAGAACUUGAAAGCUGUCCAUCCAGACUAUGGAAACAGAGUUCAGACCCUCCUGAAUAAGUACAACGCAGAGGCCAAGAAGAACACAAGUGUGCACGUCUACAGCCGUCCAGGAGCGUCAGCCGUCGCUGCAUCCUCAAAGAUGUGAUGCCUUAAAACUUCCGCCUGCUGCAUCUACCAGGAACAAGACCAAACUAACCUGCUAAUUACUGUCAUUGACAUGAUGUUUAUGUUGGAUUAAGCUUUCUCAAAGCAAAUAAUAUUCUGGAGUUUUAUGAUCCACAGUAAAAUAUUUGAGGUGAAUUUUUCCUGAUUGAACUUAAAUUUUACUGGAAAAAUUUUGAUUUUCUGUAAACUAUCUCUAUUCCAACACUUGACUCCUAACCACAUAUUGCCUUAAAGUAUACAUUUCAUUUACAUUUUGAUUUGAUGAAAUUAAAUGAAUUAUACACUACUGAUGGUUGUGUCCCAUUGUGUUGUGAUACUUCAGUACUUUCUAUAACUGCUAAAGUUUGUAUUCAAGUAAUAUGUGCUUUAAAAGGUACAUAUGUAUGUGCUACGGUGUGCUACAUAUGGCUGUGUAUGUCGGUUUGAUGUGGUGUAGGGUUUAUUUGCUUCCCUCUUCAGUGAGAGUUUAUUGACAGUAAUGUUUGGCUAAGUCCCUGCAAUUUAGCAUUUUUUUAUGAAAACAUUUUUUUUAAAAUCAUAAAUCAGAGCAUUUCAAAUCCUUAUUGUCACACUUGGGUAUAUUUUGUUUUAAAUUUGCUGGUGUACAUCCACUGAAACAAACACCAAUGCCUUUGUUUGUGUAGAAAGUUUUUCCGUAUGGCUUCAACUCAGAAAUAACAUGAAAUGCUUUUUGUUCCUGGUGGUUUGCAAUUCUGUUGAGAGAUCAUUAUUAACCAAAUAAUCAUUAAUAACCAAAUUAUUAAAAAUGACUGAUGACUGACUUAUACAUGUAUCAUCAAAUCUGACACCGGGGAAUUUGACAUUUAAAGAAAUGCAUCAUCAUCGCCUACAGAAAGGAAACUUAUAACAUUUUGUUUCUGCAUUCAUUCUGUGUUCCAUUGUGAAGGCUGGCACGUAGAUCUGAAUGGAACUGAAUAUUUUUUUAAUUGAUACUCAAAUUGACAAUUGACUUAGAUGAGUUCUGUACUUAGUACCUGCAUUAAAAGUUUAAUCUAAA